CACGGAUUGCCGCCCUGGAAGUGGAGAUGCAACCCUAGCAGUUCGCCGACAAAAUGACCUUGCGCUGACAUUGCCGCACAGCAGUUGAGGACGAAGAAGAUUCGCGGAAUCAGUGGUAUCGCAAUCCGGAGUUUGCUAGCACGCACAGCAAGUAUCCAGAAAAUCCAGAAAAAUUCCAAGAUGGCCUUCAAUAAGCUGAGCAUCGAGAACCUGGACUUGGCGGGCAAGCGGGUGUUGAUGCGCGUCGAUUUCAAUGUGCCCAUCAAGGAGGGCAAGAUCACCAGCAACCAGAGGAUCGUCGCCGCCUUGGAUAGUGUCAAGUUGGCCCUGUCCAAGAAAGCCAAAUCGGUGGUGUUGAUGUCCCACUUGGGUCGUCCCGAUGGCAACAAGAACAUCAAGUACACCCUGGCACCCGUGGCCGCUGAGCUGAAGACCCUUCUCGGCCAGGAUGUGAUCUUCCUGAGCGACUGCGUCGGCAGCGAAGUGGAGGCCGCCUGCAAGGACCCCGCACCGGGAUCCGUUAUUCUGCUGGAGAACGUCCGCUUCUACGUGGAGGAGGAGGGCAAGGGCUUGGACGCCAGCGGUGGCAAGGUCAAGGCCGAUCCCGCCAAGGUCAAGGAGUUCCGUGACAGCCUGGCCAAGCUGGGCGAUGUCUAUGUCAACGACGCCUUUGGCACUGCGCAUCGCGCCCACAGUUCCAUGAUGGGCGAUGGCUUCGAGCAGCGCGCAGCUGGUCUGUUGCUGAACAAGGAGCUGAAGUACUUCUCGCAGGCCCUGGACAAGCCACCAAAUCCCUUCCUGGCAAUUCUCGGUGGCGCCAAGGUGGCCGACAAGAUCCAGCUGAUUGAGAACCUUCUGGACAAGGUCAACGAGAUGAUCAUCGGCGGCGGCAUGGCCUUCACCUUCCUGAAGGUUCUCAACAACAUGAAGAUCGGCGGUUCCCUGUUCGACGAGGAGGGCUCCAAGAUCGUCGAGAAACUGGUGGAGAAGGCCAAGAAGAACAACGUGCAGUUGCAUCUGCCAGUGGACUUCGUCUGCGGUGACAAGUUCGCCGAGAACGCUGCCGUCAGCGAGGCCACCGUGGAGGCCGGAAUUCCCGAUGGACACAUGGGUCUGGAUGUGGGUCCCAAGACCCGCGAGCUAUUCGCGGCGCCCAUUGCUCGCGCCAAGCUGAUCGUGUGGAACGGACCCCCCGGUGUCUUUGAGUUCCCCAACUUCGCCAACGGCACCAAGUCCAUCAUGGACGGCGUGGUGGCCGCCACCAAGAACGGCACCGUCUCCAUCAUCGGCGGCGGCGACACUGCCUCUUGCUGCGCCAAGUGGAACACGGAGGCACUCGUCUCGCACGUCUCCACCGGAGGCGGCGCCUCCCUGGAGCUCCUGGAGGGCAAGACACUGCCAGGCGUGGCUGCAUUGUCCAGCGCCUAAGCGUACAUAUAUACGGUAUAUUAAUGUUAAUCGCAUCGUUUAUCUUGUAAGCACAAACCACGACGUUAAAGUGUUGAAUCUAUUUGUUGCGGAACCAUAUAAUGCAUACGAAAUAAAGGAAUCCUAGUUUA